AGAUCCAAUUAGUAUCCUCAAAUUAUUAGUUUUUAAGCACUCUACCUAUUUCACUUUUCAUUUCCUUUCUUUCUCUUCUAAAACAACACACACAAAAAAAAAAAAAAAAACCACACUCCAUCACAUGAUUCUCAUCUCGCUGAAUUUCACUAUAUAAAAAACACUACAAACAACUCCAAUACAUAAAAAAUGUUAACUCUAAAAGGAGGGAGCAGGCCACCAUGGGUAGGUUUAGGAGCAGCCGUUUGGGUUCAAAUAGCUUCAGGAAACACCUUUACUUUUCCUCUAUACUCACACUCUUUGAAAUCUGUCUUAGGUUUCAACCAAAGACAGGUUACACUCCUUGGUGUUGCUAAUGAUAUUGGUGAAAACGUUGGUUUGUUACCUGGUAUUGCUUGUAAUACUUUCCCACCUUGGCUCAUACUUUCUGUCGGUGCUUUUGCUUCUUUUAUUGGUUAUGGUGUUCUUUGGCUCGUUGUUUCACAAACACUCACUAAUCUUCCUUACUUGUUGCUUUGGUUUGCCCUUGUCAUUGCUUCCAACAGUAGUGCAUGGUUAACUACUGCGGUUCUCGUAACAAACAUGCGGAAUUUCCCUGUAAGUAGAGGCAAAGUUGCGGGAAUCCUGAAAGGUUAUGGAGGGCUUAGUGCUGCAGUUUUCACCGAAAUUUACAGCUUACUUCUUCAUAAUUCUUCUUCUAAGUUCCUCUUGUUGCUUGCCAUUGGUAUUCCAGUUGUUUGCUUCAGCAUGAUGUUUCUUGUUAGGCCUUGUACCCCAGCAUUGGAUGAAGACUCGACAUCUAAUUCUCAUUUUAUAUUUAUCCAGUGUUCUAGUGUGGUCUUGGGUAUAUAUCUUCUCGCAACUACAAUAUUCGGCAAUCUUCUUCCAUUUAGUGGUACAGUUUCCUAUAUUUUGAUUGCUGUGAUGAUUGUUCUUCUCAUGGCUCCAAUUGCUGUUCCUAUAAAGAUGACAUUGUAUGGUAAGUCAACUUCAAAUUCUGCGGAACGAGUUGGAUCUUCCGACUCUCUCAGUCAAGGCAACAAUGACAAAAUAGAGCCACUGCUAGGAUCUUCGUCGGCAGGAGCACUUGGAAGCUCGAACGAUCAGGAUGAUUCAUCUGAGGUAGCUAUGCUUCUUGCAUUAGGUGAGGGAGCGAUAAAGCAGAAGAAGAGAAAACCUAAACGUGGGGAAGAUUUUAAGUUUACUGAGGCUAUAGUUAAGGCUGAUUUCUGGCUACUGUUUAUUGUUUAUUUUGUUGGUGUUGGCACUGGAGUUACUGUUCUCAAUAAUCUAGCCCAAAUAGGUAUUGCUCAGGGUGAAGAAGAUACUACAACCUUACUGUCAAUAUUCAGUUUUUGCAAUUUCGUUGGUCGGCUUGGUGGAGGAGUUGUUUCGGAGCAUUUUGUCAGGACAAAAUUAAUCCCAAGGACAUUCUGGUUGACAUGCACACAGACAGUCAUGCUAUUGGUAUACCUUCUGUUUGCCUUUGCUGUCAACGGAACCCUUUAUCCUGCAGUUGCAUUUCUCGGUGUUUGCUAUGGCGUACAAGUUUCCAUAAUGAUCCCGACUGUUUCGGAGCUUUUUGGUUUGAAGAACUUUGGUGUACUAAGCAAUGUCAUGUCGUUGGGAAAUCCACUUGGAGCAACCCUUUUCUCAGCUUUGCUUGCAGGUUCUAUAUAUGAUAAUGAGGCAGCAAAGCAGCAUGGUAUUAACCUCAUUGCAUCUGGUGCUUCCUGCAUCGGCGCAAAUUGCUUUAAGCUGACAUUUUUCAUUCUUUCUGGUGUUUGUGCUGCUGGAAUCAUCUUGAGCAUUAUUCUUACUUUGAGAAUUAAGCCUGUUUACCAAAUGCUUUAUGCUGGAGGCUCUUUCAGAGUUCCUCAAACAACUCCGAGUCGCUAAGAAGGUAAUAAAGUUGAAAAUUGAAUAAAAACAAAACAGUACUUGGGUCUAUUAUAUCACAUGAUGUAUAAUGCCUUUUUUGGCAUGUGUGUUAGGGUUGAAGAUGAGAUUGGGUUAAUGAUCAGAGAUCUGAUCAUUAACCCAAUAUAUAUAUAUAUAUAUAUAUAUAUAUAUAUAUAUAUAUAUAUGGAAUGUAUCCGGUGAGAACUGAUAAUUAUUAUGAGAAAUGAGAACUAUUAAUAAUAACCAUCAGAUUUAAUUGACGCAUUAGAUUAAAA